AUGGUUAGUUCUAAAGUAAUUGAUUUAGAUGCUGAGGAGGUUAAGAAAAGUUCUAGAAUCAUUGAUGGAUCCGCUCGGUUUAUCACUGGUUGUAUUUCUGAUGCCGAAGUUGCCGAGCAGAAAUGCUCAUAUAAGGAAAUUUUUCGUCGAAAACUUCGAGAUGUAGUUGGUGGGCGAUCAGACUUUUCCUUCAAGGAUCCUCCUAGACCAAGUGGAUCUAAAAAAAUUGCAUUUUACCCACAAUGUGACCAUCAAAAAGGCACUUCCAAAACAAUGUCGGUCUCAUUUCUUAGAGCACAUCAUAUUAUUGGAAAUGCCUUGCAAGCGAUAUUUAAAGUUAACUGUGAAUUAUGUCGAGGAGAAAUUGUACAAAAUAAUAGGUCGAAUGAACCUAAUCCUGUUGAGAAUAAGAAUGCCAAUCAAAUUGACUUAUUUCAUCAAGUUUUCCAAACAGUUAGAGAUAAAUUAAAUGCUGCUCUUAAUACAAUUGAAGAAGAAUGCCGUGCCUCACCAAAUCCUGUAGUUUAUCUCCAUGCAAACAUGGCAAAAUUUGGUUUAGAAACCAAUAUUGCUCUCAUUAAUUCUAUAAACGCCAUACAAGUAGUUAAUUCAUCACUGCCAUCAUCUGCUGAUCCAUCAAUCUCUCCGUUUGUCAAUCGAGCAAUUCCGCCGUUGGUGGAUCCAUCAACUUCAUCUAUUCAAGAUGUAUCAUCUGCAGCGUCCACAGUCACACCAAUUAUAUCAACUUCGCCGUCCUCAUCAUAUUCAGUCACGACCUCUUCAGCAUCCUCGUCAUCUCGAUUAUCCUUUUCUUCCAUAACACCAUCAUUAGUGUUUGGGUCAAGUCCAUUGUCAAAAACUGAUGCAAGUGCUGAAAAGUUAUUAAUUAAGGCUGGAGGUAACCUUAUAUACCAAGAAACUCCAAAAUCAAGUGGAAAACGUUCAGCUCGUGCAGUACUUCUUCAAAAGUUCCAAGCAUCCAAUAUUGCAAAAAAGAAUCGUCAAUUUUAA